AUGCAGCAUUCCCAGUUGGCUCCGUUGCCAAACGACGUGCCUUUCCGAAUCGUCUCCAAGACAAUUGGACAAGGCGCUUAUGCCUGCAUCAAAAAAGCCUGCCCCUUGGACUCGAACAAUCCGGUAUUCGCCGUCAAGUACAUUCACAAAGAAUACGCCGCAAAGCACGGAAAGAUCAGCACAAGACAAUUGUCACUAGAAGUAUCGGUUCAUAAGCAUGUCAGUGGACAUAAUAAUAUCAUCACUUUCUAUCAAACCGGCGAGGACCCUAUCUGGCGAUGGAUCGCGAUGGAAUUGGCCGAGGGUGGAGAUCUCUUUGACAAGAUUGAGGCCGACGAGGGUGUUGGAGAGGACAUUGCCCACGUUUACUUCUCACAACUCAUUAGUGCUGUGGGCUUCAUGCAUUCAAAGGGCGUCGGUCAUCGGGACAUUAAGCCGGAAAACAUGCUGCUCACAGCUGAUGGGAAUCUGAAAAUCGCGGAUUUUGGGCUGGCGGCAUUAUUUGAGUACAAGGGGUCGAGGAAGUUGUCGUCCACUUUCUGUGGAAGUCCACCAUACAUCGCCCCGGAGGUGAUCACCUGUAGUACCCGAGGUCAAAAUAAGGGACCGGGGUAUCACCCAGAUCUGGUGGACAUUUGGUCUUGUGGCAUUGUACUGUUUGUUCUUCUAGCAGGCAAUACCCCGUGGGAUAGCCCUACUGACGACAGCUAUGAGUUCCACGAGUACCUAGCUACGAAUUCACGCACGACAGAUGAGCUAUGGCAGAAGCUUCCUGCAGCUACGUUAUCCUUGUUGAGGGGCAUGUUGACCGUGGAUCCAAAAUCUCGAUUCUCCCUAGAGGAUGUUCGAAGGCAUCCGUGGUAUACACGUUCAAACAGAUUCCUUUCAUCAGACGGAAAACUCAGGGACCCGAUCAACCUGGCAACGUCGAUGUUUGAGUCCCUGCAUAUUGACUUUAGCCAAGAUCCACUUUCUCAGAAGCGAAAAGGUGCGAGUCGAAGCUUGGAUACAAUGGAUAUGGAUACGGACAUGGAUGGCGCUGAUGGUACGGGCUUUUCCUCUACACAGCCUGAAAUGCCCGCCGGGGCGAUGGUUAUGGACUGGGAUGCUCCUGAUAUGACUUCUGGUGCCUUUUCAUCCACUCAGCCCUCUGGAAAGCUAUCUAACACCCAAGAUGCGGUAAUCAUCAACCAUCUGGAAGAUGAACCAUCCAUGUCUCAAUUCUCUCAGCAACCGUCUGUUCCCGUUAGCCGCACUCAAAAUGCUCAGAAGUUUCAAGAUAUCAUUCCAUCCCGGUCGAUGACUCGAUUUUACUCGGCAUGGGAACUCAAGCUCCUGGUACCUCUAAUUUGCGAAGCUCUUCAUCGACUUGGAGUUCCAGUUCCAUCAGUGCCUGCUGUUACCGCUGGAGACACAUCUGCAAUGAUUCGAGUUGUCACCAAGGAUGGCCGCUUAUGUCAAAUUCAAGGCAAAGUCCUUAUUGAAUGCGUAUCAGAAGGGAUCUUUGAAGUCGAAUUCGUCAAAGUGAAAGGUGAUCCGCUAGAAUGGCGCCGAUUUUUCAAGAAAGUGACCAUUCUAUGCAAGGACGCUGUCUUCAAGCCCGAGGAGUGA